AUGUCCGCGGCCGCCUACAUGGACUUCGUGGCUGCCCAGUGUCUGGUUUCCAUUUCGAACCGCGCCGCGGUUCCGGAACAUGGGGGAGCUCCGGACGCCGAGCGGCUGCGAUUACCUGAGCGCGAGAUGACCAAGGAGCACGGUGACCCGGGGGACACCUGGAAGGAUUACUGUACACUGGUCACCAUUGCCAAGAGCUUGUUGGACCUGAACAAGUACCGACCCAUCCAGACCCCCUCGGUGUGCAGCGACAGUCUGGAGAGUCCGGAUGAGGAUAUGGGAUCCGACAGCGACGUGACCACCGAAUCUGGGUCGAGUCCUUCCCACAGCCCGGAGGAGAGACAAGAUCCUGGCAGCGCGCCCAGCCCGCUCUCCCUCCUCCACCCUGGAGUGGCUGCGAAGGGGAAACACGCCUCCGAAAAGAGGCACAAGUGCCCCUACAGUGGCUGUGGGAAAGUCUAUGGAAAAUCCUCCCAUCUCAAAGCCCAUUACAGAGUGCAUACAGGUGAACGGCCCUUUCCCUGCACGUGGCCAGACUGCCUUAAAAAGUUCUCGCGCUCGGAUGAGCUGACCCGCCACUACCGGACCCACACUGGGGAGAAGCAGUUCCGCUGUCCGCUCUGUGAAAAGCGCUUCAUGAGGAGUGACCACCUCACAAAGCACGCCCGGCGUCACACCGAGUUCCACCCCAGUAUGAUCAAGCGAUCCAAAAAGGCGCUGGCCAACCCUUUGUGAGGUGCUGCCCGCGGAGGCCAGGGAGGGACGGACCCGGAAAGACGAAACUACUCCCAGCAAACAGACAGACGUGUGCAGACUAAGCCCCAGAAGAGGCCUGCCAGCACAGGGAGUCCUGUUCUUUGGUCGAUAUUCUAAUUUUCCUCUCCCUGCAUUGUUUUUUUAAAAAGCACAUUGUAGCCCAAGAUCAAAGUCCACACUUGGUCCCUUUGCAGAGGCAACUCUGCUCUGUCUCUGACUUCCAGAGAGAAGACAAAUGCUUUUUUUUUUUUCUUUCUCCUUUAUUUUUCGGGGGUGGGCGGGACAUGAUGGGUGGGGGGAAAGGGAUAAUGAGGCCAAGACUGGGGUAGCAGUUGAAAGAUUAAACACUGGUGUACAUAGUCUGACUGGGUGAGUUGACUAUGGCAUCGCACGGUGAUUCUGGGCCCGUUCUGCUUGCCGUCUCUCCGAAUUGUUUUCGUUCCUUUUAUUGUAAUGACGAGUGUGCUUCAGUUUCUUUAGCAAAACCACUCUCUUGAAUCACGUUAACUUUGGAGAUUAAAAAACAAGUAACGCCAUAGCACAGCUGUCUUUAUGCAAGCAAGAGCACAUCUCCUCCAGCAUGACCUGUCAUCUAAAGACUUGAAAACAAACAGAGUUACUUAUAGUCCAUGGGUAAGCAGUCGGAGUUUAUACUAAUCAAGACAAACCUUGGGAAAAAGGUUACACUAAGUACAGAACUUUUAAACCUUGCUUUGUAUGAAUUGUACUUUUUGAACAUAAGCUGCACUUUAAUUUGUAAUGCAGAGGAUGAAUAAGUUAAGUUCAUGCUUUAAGGAUAGAAGCAGAUAUUCUUUUUGGAACCACGUUAUAAUCUGCUUAUUUUACAGUACACACGUGUCCCUAAGAAGUCAGCAGAUGUGAGGGCAGAAUAUAUGCAGCAGACGCUGAAGGAGGAGGAGGGUAGUUUUUGUUUAAUUUAAAAAGAACAAACAGAAUUUUGACUCUAUUAACUUCCCAGAUUCUCCUAUGCUUUUAGUUAAUAUCACCUUAUUGUACCAUAAUGCCACGAAGGGAGAGGGGGCUUUGACUCUGUUGGGUUUUAAUUGAAUGGGUGCAUAACAGUAGCUAGCUCUGGAAAUACCUAUUUUGGGCCGGAGAAAGGUUUGUUGGUCUCCUUCCCACGUUCCUACAAAACUCCCACUAACAGGUGCAAGAUUUAUGUAAAACGAAAAGGGAGCCGAACUGUGAAAAGAAAAAUAUACCCCUAAAAGCAGUGGGUGCCAAGGGAAAAUACCACGAUGAUUUCAGAGGAGGCUACAAAGUCAUCCCUUUUGGAAAACGAAGGCACAUGGCAAACAUACAAAUGAAAACCUGUCACUGUAUCUUUUCCAUCAGAAGCCUCACCACUAGGUAUCUCGUAUCCAGGUGUCUACAAUGGCCUAAACCACUACAUCCAUGACAUGCCAUUUACCUGAAAACUUCAUUUUGGCCUUUAUGUGGUCAGAAAAAAUGAGCUGAGUUUUCACAGGAGAAAACAAACCUCAAGUAGGGGAGUCAGCAGUGAUUGUGGGGAAAUGUUUACAUUUUUUUUUUCUUCAGAAACAUCGGUUUCUGACAGUUUUAUCUGGUAUCUAAGACAGGGAGCUCUGGGGCACCCUGGUUUGCACGUGUGCUGUAAGAUGUGUUGUGUAAACCAGGGCACCUCCCGAGCAGCGAGUCAGUACUUCACCUGAUACGUGCUCAUUUCCAGUUCAGAACCAGUGCA